UAAAACUGCAUUUGACUGAUGUAGUCAUGCUGUGUAUAUAGAUAUAUUUGUUAAGACAACGAAACAUGUGUUUUUUAGGUUAGAUUCAAGCUGAAGGUUUCGAUCGAUAUAGUAUUUUAAUAAUUUUAAUAACAGCAAUGGACAGCAAUAGCAGAUUCCAAGUUAGAAUCACGGAUGAAGAAAAGGGUAAAGGAUUGUUUGCUGUUUCUUCUUACAAAGAGGGCGAUAUAAUACUGGAAGAAAGACCGCUUGUCUGCUGUCAAUUUGCAUGGAACGCAGACUACAAGUACUUGGCAUGCGACUAUUGCAUGAAACCAUUGGAGACUGCUGAAGAAAAUGCACGUCGAUUAAGUGGCAAGAGUGACUUAAUCCUGCCCUUUCCUGAAUGUUGCGAAACAAAGAAGGAUUCGAUAUCAGAAUGCGAGAGCUGUGGCGCCAAGUAUUGCAGUACCGAGUGCCAGAACGAGGCAUGGCAGAGGUAUCAUCAGAUAUUGUGCUUGCAGUCAAGACAAAACACUGAACAUCACCCAUUGGUCCAGCUGAAAGAAACUUGGAAACAAAUGCACUAUCCUCCAGAGACUGCAACUAUAAUGUUGCUUGCUCGAAUGGUUGCAAUGGUCAAUCAGGCAACAGACAAAACAGCCAUAAUUUCAACUUUCUCACAAUUUUGCCACAGAACCAUAAAUGACACGCAGGAAAUUGCUCACAAUCUACUGGGGGAAAAGUUUGUCGGGCAAAUUGAUGUGUUGAGGCAAAUGAUGCAAAAGACCUUGAACACUGAGCUUGUACCAGAGUGGUUUACACCAAACGGUUUUAGGAGUUUACUAGCUCUGGUUGGCACAAAUGGUCAAGGUAUUGGAACCAGUGCAUUCAGCAGAUGGGUAAAGAACGUAUCUGCGCUGGAUUUACCAAACGAUCAAAGGAUCCAGGUGGAUAAACUCAUAGACCGAAUUUACGAUGAAAUGGAUGAAGUCGUCGGAACUUUCCUGAAUAACGAGGGCUCUGGUCUCUACGUUCUGCAAUCAGCCAUAAACCACAGUUGCGCGCCAAACGCAAGCGUCGAGUUUCCGCACUCGGACAGCCGACUAGUGGUACGUGCGCUUCGCGACAUCAAGCCUGACGAGGAGAUCUGCAUAGCCUACCUGGAUGAGUGCCACCUGGAGCGGAGCCGUCACUCCCGGCAAAAAGCCCUGAGUUCGCUUUACCUCUUCGUUUGCAAGUGCGACAAGUGUCAGCAACAAGCUAGCGAUCCUGACGUUACCAGCGAUGAGGAAUUUGACGACGAAGACGAUGAUUAGACGACUUUCGAAAAGAUCAGGUGUGAGAGACGAACUGUUUGAUUGCGAUCUUGCUAUGACUGAUAGGCAGUUCAUGCUUAGAUGGCUUGUCCAGAGUAUUGGAAACGUCAGAUAUUAUUUCUAUAAGUUUGAUGUCUAGCAGAAAAUUGCGGAAUGUAUUUUUGUAACUAUUUACCUAACUUUGCUUAUUCAUGUUUCUUACAGAGUUAUUUUUCUUGAAUAGCUGUUACAUGUAUCUUCGUAUAGUAUGGGUAAUGUAGAUUUUCUGCACAUACUUGCGCAAAUGAAUGUACCAAAACUAAUUUCUUUAACUUUUUAUAAAGCGAACGAAUAAGACGUGAAUCGCAUUAUGCUAACUAUAUAGUAACUACUUGAUUGCGAUACUAAUAGGUAUUUUGAUAGUUUAUGAUUAGCAUAUGGCCAAAUAUAUCUAGAUUACAACUAUUAUUUUGUUUUCUUUUUAUAUGUUAUAUUUUUGUUAAAAUCAACUGUACCACGCAGAAAGUUUGUACUAAAAGUUUUAUAUCAUCGAAUAGUUUAUAGUUUUUGUAUGUAUUGCUAAAAGCAUGAAAUUAAAUAAAUCAUUAAAAAAACAAGGAAGUUUGAAAGUAAUACAGACACCUACAUGUUUAGUGACUUAAAUAAUACGUUUUUAUUUUGGCUAAAAUACAAAACCAGUCUUUAGAAAUUAACAUUUGUUUUCUUCCGGUGCAAGGCACUUUUUUAUUUUAUAAAAAGUGUAAUUUACAACUUAUCAUAUGUCAUGUACAAUUUGAGACAAAAAGCAGAUCAACUGCUGAUACUUUUUACACAGUCUAGUUUAUACAAAAUGUUAUUUUUUAUCUAAUAAUUGAAAUAACGGUCGUUUAUUUUAAAUACACAAUUCUUAAAAAAUAGAAAUAUAUUGCCAGUGCCAGUGCUAAAUUCAUUUAACAAAACAUAAUAAAAAUAGAAUGAACUAGUUAGUAUUCAACAUUUUUAGCACACACUGAGUGAUAUUUUAGAGGUAAAUAUAUAUGUACAUAUAUUUGAUUUAAAUAACUUAAGCUAAUAAUACCAAUACUAUAUAAUACAAACAGCACCUUCAGUGAUUUCAAGUGAUACGUUCAUCACAUUAGUUUCAAGAAUGAUUCUCUUUUACAGUAAAAUCGUUUCUUCCAAGUUGGAGAAUAUUCGCGGCAUAACACGGGAGUGGCGUCGUUAGAACUUUCUGCGUCACGAGAUUUUUUAAAAAGUUUGGAAUACUUUGGCUUCGAAAUUCCACUCUAACGCAAAAAUGUAACUUUUACUUUCAA